CAGUUUGCAGCGGAGCUUGUGCUGUCUGACGACUGGACCAGUUCCUCUCCCAGUAGGUGUACAGUGCAAACCGACAGACUGCUGUGCGUCCUCCUCAUCUCAUUCAACAUGGAGUACUCGAUCCGGGCGGCCAACGCGGAGGACUGCAAGGACAUCGCGCGCAUGAUCUUGGAACUGGCAGAAUACGAGAAAGUGGCGGAUAAAAUCAAACUCACCCAGAGAGAUUUAGAACAAGAUGGCUUUUCCAAGAACCCGUUUUUUCACGGGAUCAUCGCUGAGGUGCCAGAACAGCACAAAACCAAAGAAGGCCAUACGAAGAUAGGCUACGCACUUUACAUGUACUCCUACAGCUCGUGGACCGGCAGAGCCAUUUAUAUGGAGGACUUGUACGUGAUGCCUGAGUUCAGAGGGAAGGGCAUCGGUAAAGCACUUAUGAGCAAGGUCGCACAGCUGGGAUUGGCUGCCGGCUGCAACCAGCUCAACUUCACCGUCCUGGACUGGAACAAAUCGUCUCUGGACUUUUACACGAGCCAGGGAUGCUUCAAUGUCACAGCAGCCAUGGGCUACCAGUGUAUGCGCUGCGAGGGAGAGGCCCUUGAGCACCUGGCCCAACCUUAGCUCAACACUAGGCUCCUGACCUCAAUAACCACUGCAACCACAAGGUCAACACACACACAUAAUGCAGGGACAGUGACCCCUUUUCCAAAACUUGACAAUGACAAUCGUCAACAACGACUGUUUGCAAAACCUUGCCCCCUUUAGUCACUGUGGAUAUAAAUGUUAAAGCCAUUCUAAAAUGAAGGGUAGACUUACCUCUCAAAAUUUGUGAUAACAUCUUUGAGUUUUGUCCUGUGCACUGGAGUGAACGCCUGUCAAAAGGUUCUGUUCACAACCAUCCAUCUUCGGCUGAAAAGUCGGCUGCUGGUAGGAUUGUUGUAGUUAGCUAAUGCUACAACAACAAGAGUCUCUACAUAUCUACUUAUCAUAUCUACUUACAUAUCUACGUACUUGCAUUCAUUGAUUUUUCAUCCUUACUCCUCUUAUAAUAGCCAACAGAUUUUUGACUGCUAUAAAACAAUACCGUCUGUCAAAAAACAAAACGGCAGCAAACGAAACUACACAUUUCAGUUUUAGAUCUUCCCAGAAAUAGUUUUCUUGUAUCUCAGUGAUUUCGACUGAUUUGAACCCGUUAUCACAAAAAUUAGAGUGAGGAUAACUGAAUAAAUACACUUAAACCCCCCCCCAAAAAAAAAAAAAGAAAAACUCCAAGCAUGGCCACUGUCAGCCUCCGUAGCUGAGAGCUAGCUUUGUACACGUAAGAGCAUUACAGAGUUAUUAUUCUGUCUUAUAGUAUUAUAAUAUUGUAUGAAUGUUAUGCUGCCAUAAGUAGACAAAUGUUUAAUUUGCGUUUUUCUAGUGUGAAGUCCGUUAGCACGGCAUGCUAGCGUUUGCAGCUUAAUUCAUUCCAUACAAUUUUACUCUUGAGAUUUUACACAUAAUUGAAUCAUGUUAUGCACCACAGUAUGGAGAUGUGUGACAAUCACUCUUUGGGAAGGUUUUUAGCAAGCGGUCAAUUGUCUUAAUAAUUGUCUUUGUCUUAAUUAUCUUAAUUAUCUUAAUACAUUUUUUUUAAGUAUUGGAACUGGGCCUAUGCAAUAUGUAUAAUACAGGAGCAAUGAAAUUUGUGUUGUGUUUUUCCCUUGUGAUGUUUUUCUGUGACAAAUAGAUCAGAUAACACAAUCGAUCUAAAACCAAUAUGAGGAUAAGUGUGUUUGUGUGUGUGGUGAGAUUAUUAGAAAGAGAAAGCCUUGAUGUGUUAAAACAUCAUUAUCCAGAAAAUAUUAUUAGCACUUUGCACAAAGAUCCACAAAACCUUAUGCGUUACUGCGAAGGCAACACAUACAUUUCAUCAUGCGGACAAAGUGACUUUCACAUGUGCUGUCCCUUUAAAUUUAUUGUGACCUGUGAACAGCAACCAAAGAGUCGGUCACCUUUCCCCUUGUCUUCCAGAUGAGAAGUGUUGUAUAGCUGUCGUAAAGCACAAUCCUGGUAUUUGCACUGUUCUUUUCCUGCGUUGUACAUAGAGAGUUCUUGUGGAGGAGCCGGUUGGACCUAAAACCUCCGUCCACGCAGCCAAACUUUCUGAACUGGUUCGAAAGAAAUAAAAAGUGGCAUUGUUCUGGUCCGCAA